UAAGUUGCUGAUAAUAACUUAAACAAAAGCUGUUGUAUUCUGGUAAUAAAAAAUAAAUGGCGAUAUUUUGGGCUCUGUCGGUAUUACGACACGGUCAGAGUUCCGUUAGAGCUGGCCGUAGCUGGUCUAUUGCUGGCUGCGACACAUGCAGUGAACGCCAUUUGGUUUGUAGCUCGGCCUGCUACCGUUACACGACGGUAGCGCCCACAUCUAAGCUGUGAAUUCUCCAUUGGACUCGGACUCUCAUGAUCAAUCGCAGUCAUGAAAAGGGACGCAGGAAAGCCAAGGGGAAAGACCUCCUCCUAUGCCUACUUUGUUGCCACCUGCCGUGAAGAGCACAAGAAGAAACACCCAGGGGCCAGUGUUGGCUUUGCAGAGUUUUCAAGAAAAUGCUCUGAGAGAUGGAAGACCAUGUCAAGCAAGGAGAAGGUGAAGUUUGAGGACAUGGCUAAGAACGACAAGGUCCGAUAUGAGCGAGAGAUGAAAUCAUACCAACCUCCUAAAGGUGCACCUGUCAAGGGCAAGAAGAAGAAGGACCCAAACGCACCCAAAAGGCCACCGUCUGCCUUCUUCGUGUUCUGCUCUGAUCACCGCCCCAGAAUUAAGGAGGAGAAUCCUGGGAUCUCAAUCGGUGACAUUGCCAAGAAGCUUGGCGAGCUGUGGUCUACACAGACUUCCAAAGACAAGGCUCCCUACGAGGCCAGGGCUCUAAAACUGAAAGAGAAAUAUGAGAAGGAUGUUGCCGCCUACAAAGAAAAGCUUGGCUCAGGGAAGAGUGAUGCUGGCAGGAAGACUGGCCCAGGCCGGCCCGCCGCCAAGAAAGCAGAACCAGUCGACGAUGACGAGGAUGACGAUGAUGACGACGAUGACGAAGAGGAGGAUGACGAUGAUGACGACGAUGAUGAUUAAACGGUUUAUAUGUUGAAGGAUGUGAAUUUUUCAAUGCAUUGUUCAGCUUUUGAAUUCCAACGGUAUAGCCUGCUGUCCCUGUUGGUCUGUAUGUAGGAUACCAGACCUGUAUUCCUUUUCAAAUUCAGGGAUUUAGUUUUUUAUUUUGUCACUUAGUCCCCUAAUGAUUUUUUUCUUUUAACCGUUUUUCUGCUGAACUUGGGUUUGUAACAUCUUAAAUCCUCGUUGCUAUUUAAACGGGCAGCUAGAAAUUAAUUUCCUGUGAAAAUACAAAUGACUGAACUUGUACAAGUUAUGGAAGGCAGCAAAUCGGUAAAGAUUUUAAAAUGUAUUGUUUUUGGAAGCACUGCUUAUGUUUUCUGUUUAGUGGUGCGGUUUCUUCAUUGUCAUUUUACUACCAAGAGUUCUGUAGUUUGAUUAAAAAAGGUUUGAAGCCAUUUUUAAUGUCGAACUUUGAAAAACUUUCAUGUAGGUUUGGAUUUUUUUUUGUAAUAAAAAAAUUUGUAUAUUCUAAAUAUGUACCCUGAAUUCCAUGUUUGUUUGUUUUUUUUACCGAUUUCCCAAUGGUUAAUCAGUAUUGUAAC